AUGGCGAUACCGACGCCCUUCAGUCCAUGGGGUAAGGCCGCGCGGACGCUGUCAAGGUGUCUUUCAAAGAGGAAUUUUUCCAAGCUUGUGAUUGCAAGGCGGUUGAACUCAACACACCAUAGGGGUAAGCCCAUGCGGUUGGAAAGGGAGUUAAGGUACGCGAUCAUCGGGGGGACGUUGCUUUUGACCUACUCGUACAUGUCCAGUUGCCUAUCAUCGGACACAAUCAAGGGUAUCAAACAAUAUGGGGCACCAGCGCGGUCGUUGUCUACUUCAAGCGACGGCAAGGCCAACGGGAACCCGGACACAAUAUCCUUAUUGACGGAUUACGAGGUGAACACGAAACUGCGCAGCCUGGAGGAGUCCUACUAUGUGAAUAGGGGGAAGGGUGUGCUGCGGUACGAUGUGUCGCAACUGCCGUCCAACAACCCGAUCGAAGACAGCAGGGUCGAACAAAUCAUUACUGUGCCAAACGAGCAGACACAGGCACAGGAGGAGCUGUAUUUCUUUGGCAUAUUCGAUGGGCACGGUGGCCCGUACACGUCCAGCAAGCUCUCCGAGGCAUUGGUGCCGUACGUUGCGCAUCAGUUGAGCAAGAUAUAUGCCCAAGGAAACGAGGCUCUUACCUCGGAGGCGAUCGACGAUGCCAUCGAGCAAGGGUUCUUGCAGCUCGACAAUGACAUCGUACAGAAGACGUUAGGCCAGUUUUUUGAAAAUCCAUCCAAAGAAAGUCUCAUCGAGGCAUUGCCCGCUGUAUCGGGCGCAUGCAGUCUUCUGGCGAUGUAUGACUCCAAUAACUGCACCCUGAAAGUGGCGCUGACCGGCGACUCACGUGCGCUACUAGGUAGGGUCGAUGAAAAUGGGAAAUGGACUGUCCAGUCGCUGACCAUCGACCAGACCGGCGAUAACGCGGACGAGGUUGCACGCAUUAGGGCGGAGCACCCGGGGGAGCCAAACUGCGUGCGCAACGGACGCGUAUUAGGCUCGCUUCAACCCUCUCGCGCAUUCGGGGACUACCGGUACAAGGUAAAGGAAAUCAACGGCAAGAACGUUUACGAUCUACCGUCGCACCUUAAGAUAUUCUUUCGCAAGGAGCCGCGCGAGUUCCUAACGCCCCCAUAUGUCACUGCGCAGCCGGAGAUCACGACCGCCCAGAUCGACUCCAGCGCCCGUUUUAUGGUGAUUGCCUCGGACGGGCUUUUUGAGCUCUUGACGAACGAGGAGAUUGCAGGCCUUGUAGUCAAGUGGAUGGAGAAACAUCCCGUCAAAAAGGGCUUUGAGACGUUAAAGUCGUCUGCCAGGGACAAGAUCCCUCCCGUUCAUGACACCACCGUGCAUGCCGAAUCACAGCGUCCAGCGUUCAGGUACAAAGAUGCCAACAAAGGCUCUGCUGGAUUCCUUAUGGAGGACAACAAUGUUGCCACGCACCUGAUCAGAAACGCUUUAAGCGGCGGGGGCGACAAGCGCUAUGUAUCGACGCUGAUCAGCAUUCCCUCGCCCAAGAGCAGAAGCUACAGGGACGACCUUACCGUCACCGUCGUGUUCUUUGGCGAGGAGCAGAACCAGCCCGAUAACCAGCUGAUCCUCAACCACGAGGCCACGAGGCCCCUUGAACCUAAGUUAUAG